AUGAAGGAGCUGCGCCACUACGACGCGUUCAAGGACGUCAACACGCUGCUCAUGUCCACGCCCAAGGGAGUCAUCUCCAUGACGGACGCCACGGGCAUCUGCUGCUUCACGCCGGUGCCCACGGCCGGCCGCAAACCCAUGAAAUUUAACCGCUCGGACACGAACGAUUCGAGGCCGGGGGCCUACGACCAGAAGUUUGCAGUGCUGACGCCUCUUCAUGUGCACUUGCUGGCUUUUCACAAUGGCCGAGAGUGGGGCGGAUCGAGUGAGUCACAGCAGGGACUAUCAUUGCUGGCGUCGCUGUCGGCGUUUUACCCUACGGUGGAUGUUCUUCAUUCCGGGUGGAUGGCAAAGCGGCGAGAGCGCAAUGUGCACAGCCCCAAGAGCAUCAUGACGUACUGGAAGCGGCAUUUCUUCGUGUUCCUGACCUCGGGCGACUUGCUUUACUUCCGAGAUGACACAUUGAGCGAGCUGCAGGGUCGCGUGGAUGUUCGACACGCUCCUACGGUUCGAGUUACAGGGGAGCAGCUUAUGGAGGAGAGGAAAAAGGAUGGGGGCAUGUUUAAGUUCGGGAAAAUGCCGGCGCUCGAGCGGGAGACGUGCUUGAUUUGGAUCGCCACGCCUCCAUCGAAGAUGUUUGUAUUGAAACUUGAGGAUGACCACGAUGAAUCAGGGGGAGGUCUUGGUGGCGGGGGCAAAGGUGGGCCAGGCUCCUCUGGGGCUGGAGUUACUACGAGGAAAGCCGAGCUCACCCCGAGCUCCAAAAAGUGGCUGCAGUUAUUGCUGCAGGGGCAUGCGGAAACGAAGUAUACGCAACUAGAAAAAUGUAUUGCGACGGGAAAAUAUGGACUGACGACAGAGAUUAUAUCAGCGGUUCGUGCUGGAAUCCCUGACGAGUUGCGAGGCCAGUUAUGGAAAGGCUUUUCAGGUGCCACCGAUCUCCAGCGCCGCGUCGAGCUCAAGCAUGCUAUUCGCAGUGCGUCUAAGUCAUCUAAUGUCUUCCGGAUGCCUUCACGAGAUUCAACAAGAGCUGGCUUCAAGUCCCCGACGGCAAAGAAGCAUGCGAUUUAUGAAAUGUGCUCUACGUCUAUUGACGCAACAAAGAUGGAUACGCCAGAGAACCAAAUGCUUUUCUCGCGUCUCUGUGCUUUGGCACUCCAAGAAAGCGGGCAUGUGGCAGUCAGUGUGCGCCCAAGCGAGCUACAUAAUCUAACAGGUCGCUUUGGUCGCGCCGUCUCGGACGCGUCAAACCCGUCAGAUCAGUAUAGCGAGGACCGCGGAUCAUUUUAUGACGACGAGCGCGACUCCAUGGACGAUGACGACGCUGAGCAAAUUGAGAUUGAAGAAGUUAAAGCUGGGCCCGACCCAUUUGGUAAACGUGCGUCUGCACGCAAUACGCUGAAGCAGCUUGAAAAGGGCAAAAUGGGCAAUUACGUGUACCCCAGCGACUACCCUGCAGCAGAAUGGGAGUUAGCGGCUCGUCGUCGGCUCUUGAUCGCAAGUUCGCGUUACAAUCCGUAUUCGCAUCCAUUCCCGUGGCGCGUAUCCUGCCUACUGCUGGCGUAUGUCGAGGAAGAGAGCGCAUUCUGGAUCAUCAACAGCAUAAUUGAUUCACUACUCCCUGGUUACUUUCACGGCUACCGACCAGCUUUGCAAAUUGAUGUGGCCGCUUUUACAGCCCUCCUGCAAGAUCGCUUGCCGGCUCUGGCUUCCCACCUAUCAACGCUGGAAUUCCCUCUGGGUCGGCUAAUCGAGCGCUGGUUCCUGAGUUUAUUCACUGCAUCACUAAUCCCGCUCCCAACGGUGCUGCGGAUAUGGGACGCAUUUUUCAUUCGCGGCGUGCUGGUUUUCUAUGGAGUUGGCCUUGCAUUGCUGUUUCGCGCCGAAGAAACUUUAUUUCAUGCAAAAACUGCUGCUGAAGCUGAGGAGUACUUGCGAGUCAGUGAGCGCAGCUGCAUCGAUGCAGACGGAGUCUUCUCGCUUGUCUUCAAGGACGACCUCACUAUUCCAUGGCUUACGGAUGAACAACUUGAAAAACUGCGGUCAACACACCGCCACCGAGUGAUGGAGCGAGUAUCGCAGAAAGUGAGCUACUUCAAAGACAAGCUGAGCAUUCUCAAGCUCACGCAGGACCUCGGAUCGCGCUGCCAGGCGGUUGCCAAGCAGUUCCUAAGCGAUCGAAAAAGUGUGGCGGCAGCCUUGCAAUUGAGUGCGGCCCACACCAACGGGGAGAAAGAACCGUACGACAUGUACGGCCUCGACGACGAAUUCAGCGAUUUGGACGUUGGCUCCGAAAGUGACAAACUUGAGGACUCCUUCAAGACGACCCUGCACCUGCUACUUGAGCAAGUGAGGGAAUCUUCCGCGACGGCCGAAGCACUUGCUGUCGAGUUAGGUCAACGGCAAGCAAAGUGGCUAGCGGCAUCUAGCCAACUUGCUGCGUGUCCACUUGCUCGCCCGCCCACGCCAGACUCACACAGUUGGCUUUCACAAGUUAAAGAAGGUAAAAUCUCGGGCGCAGGACAUGAUGCUUCUUCGCUCUUUUCAGCUAGAAGCGGUGGUUUCCCCUCUGCAUCGCGUGUCAUCGAAGCUUCCGGUAUGGUGUUUGACACUGGUGAAACCCGCCUUCCAAGCAACGAGGUCGCAGGAAGUGGAAGUGACAGCUCACUCGCUGGCCAGCGUAGCUGCCUGUUAAUGGAGAGGGAGGACCUCGGGCUAUCAGACCGUCACCUCGCAGAGAUGUUUCUGUACGCACUGGUGUCUUCGCUCAAGGCAUUGUGCGCUGCUCGGCUCGAGUGCUUGGGUAUCACCUAUCGCUUUAUGUGGCACGGCGGAUCGUGGCUGGAAUCUGCGGUUGAGUACCCCUCAUUCUCUACGCUGUCGGGUACUGCUUCGGCUGCACAAAGCAGCAGUGCACCAGCCAGCUCACGCCAAUCCGUGCGAAUUAAAACGCCGGCGACAACUCAGUCAUCAAUUUCGUCCGUGUCAUCACUUCGACGUCCACGCGCGGUGGACGACUCCGCGCUAUCUGGUCGCAAACGCGGUGACUCUGGCGCCACAACGCCAAGACGAGGUGGACGACCAACUACGCGCAGCUUCUACAAUCCGGGCAAGUCACCCACGCGACUACGUCCAAGCCUUUCGUCCGGGGACUUCUCAGUGUUGGAGUAUGCAGCUGGAGGAGUGGGAACCAAUCUGUACGACGACCCGAUCAUCGAAGGUCAGCCCGCUCCAUCGUCGCCCACGUACGCCGAGCAGCUUGUAGACGGGAGCGAUGCCUAUCCGGUGACCCCUACGUCUCCACCCCCGCAAGAGAGCAACGCGUUUGGUUUGGAGUUUUCGCUUGGUCGCGGACUGGAUCGCUGCGCCUCAUCAACGCUGGACUCGUCAAGCAAGCCAUUACUUGCAGCACUCACAGCGCAACACCAGGAAGGCGAGCACGUUUUCCGGGAGUCGCAUAAGCGACUGCUUAGUGGGCUUGGCAAGUUUCUGCGUCUGGAAUACCGCGACAAGGACUGGGCUCUGCGCGAGCGCGCUCUGACCAUUGAGCGUGAGUUGCAGCAAGAGCUCCAAGAGAUCGAAGCUGAGGUUCAUGGUGCUCAAUGGUUGCAGCACUAG